AUGAAGCCAUUCCGGGCUCCCACAUUUGUGCGGCCAGAUUCGACAAAUGGCGAACCACCCCUAAAGAAGCGCAGAGUUUCCUCCGACCAACACUCGUCGAGCAGUGCAGCGAUAAGCCGAAAGCCCCUCGUCGCAGUCAAGAAUCCUGCACCGAGCCAGUCACCACCGAACGACAGCAAUGGCAGCUACUACACCGUGUUGUGGCGAAAGUACACGACCAAGAAGAACAAGACAUGGGAUGGCGAUGGCGUACUUGCUGUAGUGGGCGGAAUUGCUUCGCUCACAGACAGCGAUACGGGAAAAGAAAUGGGAAGAGGUGCCUGCAGCCGACCGCUGCUACCUGGCUCUGCGCUGUCUAUAGGAGGCAAGGAGAUCGAGAUCGAUGGAGUCAUGGAGAAGGCUGACUAUUUGUCCGGUCGCGUGUUCCUGGGAACCGCUGCGGCAGCGCCGACGGAGCAACUGAAACGCGUCGAACCGGCAUACAAAGCUCCGCCUGCCAUUAAGGCGAAGCCGAAGAAGGCGGGCGGCAUGUUUGGCAACGCCAUCGCAGCGUUUGAGGACAAGGAGGUUGUGCCAGAGUACAAGCCUUCGGCUUCACGCAAGCAACAAUUCAAGACGCCAUUACUAUCGAAUACGGUGCUACCCCAGCGAAAUUCGUCGAUCCCACAGCCACGCCACGACCCGAAUCUACCCAAUGCGCUCGUCAUGAAGCGACCCGAGUCCGCUCCUAAGGGAAAACAAAUUGUGGACGUCGUAGUCGAUCCUGUGCUGAGCAAGCAUCUGAGAGACCAUCAGCGCGAGGGCGUAAAGUUCUUGUACGAAUGUGUCAUGGGCAUGCGGUGCGAGGGCGAGGGCGCUAUCAUGGCUGAUGAGAUGGGCCUGGGCAAGACGUUACAGACCAUCACGUUACUGUGGACGCUGAUGAAGCAAAAUCCAAUCCACGAAAGCCAGCCAAUUGUCAAAAAAGCACUGGUCGUCUGUCCUGCCGGCUUGGUCGACAAUUGGAAGCGCGAGUUCCGCAAAUGGCUGGGUAAUGAGAGAAUCGGCGUUUUCGUGGCCAAUGGCAAGGACAAGAAGAUCACGAACUUUACCAUGGGCAAGGCUUACAAUGUCAUGAUCAUCGGUUAUGAGAUGCUUCGUACUGUGCAAGAAGAGCUGAAGAAAGGCAGUGGUGUUGAUAUUGUCAUUGCCGACGAGGGCCACAGGCUAAAGACUGCAAACAACAAAGCGAUGUUGGCAAUUCAGUCGCUCAACACCGAACGCCGAAUCAUCCUAUCUGGUACGCCUUUGCAAAACGAUCUGGGCGAGUUCUACACUGCCAUCGACUUUGUUAACCCUGGACUGCUCGGACAGCGGUCCGCUUUCAAACGCACUUUCGAAGCACCCAUCCUGCGAAGCCGUCAACCCGAAGCAAGCGAAUCAGAGCUUGAGAAAGGUGAAGCACGCUGGAAAGAGCUAGUGUCACUAACAAGUCGCUUCAUGAUUCGACGCACCGCUGAGGUCCUCAGUAAGUACCUGCCGUCCAAAACAGAACACAUUGUCUUCUGCAAGCCCACCAAAGCUCAAGCUGAGGCGUACCGCGCCAUUCUAUCCUCGCCUUUCUUCUCAGUUGCUGUAGGCGGCAACAUGGAUAUGGCACUUCAGCUUAUCAUGGUACUGAAGAAGGUCUGCAACAGUCCGUCUUUGAUCAAGACCACAAAAGAUGGCGAGGCCACUCCUUCCGAGAUGCUACAGGCUUUGCUCCCUCUCGUGCCACCCCAUGUCCUUAAUUCGCACGCUUCCAGCACCAAGCUCCGCCUCCUCGACAGCCUUGUACAUCGCAUUCACACGACUACCGAAGAGAAAAUUGUCAUAGUCUCAAACUACACGACCACUCUUGACAUGAUUGAACGCAUGCUUGUAUCGUUGUCGUACACCUACCUGCGGCUAGACGGCAGCACACCUUCCAAUAAGCGUCAAGCUCUCGUGGAGAAGUUCAACAAAACACCAAAAGCAGCUUCCUUUGCCUUUUUGCUGUCUGCCAAGUCAGGUGGUGUCGGGCUCAACCUCAUUGGCGCGAGUCGCAUCGUGCUCUUCGAUAUUGACUGGAAUCCUGCCACUGACCUUCAAGCCAUGGCACGUAUCCAUCGUGAUGGUCAGAAGCUGCCUGUCAAGAUCUACCGCUUCCUUGUCAAAGGUGGCAUAGACGAGAAGAUCUACCAGCGCCAAGUCAUGAAGAUGGGCCUGGCAAAUGCUGUGGUUGAUAACAAAGCUUCCGCAUCUUCCUUCUCGAAAGACGAGUUGCGCGACCUAUUUCGCCUGGAUGAGAGAGAGGGCUGUCAAACACAUGACUUGCUAGGAUGCACUUGCGAGUGCCAUGGCGCGGCGGAAGUCGAACUCGAGCCUGAGCCAGUAGACGAAGAAGAGGAGGAGGACGAAGAUGAGGACGACUUCACGACCUUACGACCAGCGAGCCAAGUCGACAUGGACGCUCAAGAAUCCAAACUCAAAGCCAAACGCGCGGCCAAGCUGCCAAAGCUCCGGAUGCUGAUGGAAUAUCGGCAUCUCGAUACCAGCAUUUUGAAGCAGAGCGGUGGGAACAAGCUCGAUGAAGAUGAGCUGGCGCUUGCUGUCGACGACGAUGUGUUCCUUGAGGUGCUCAAGCAGCCUGAACAACGUAACGCAGCCACGCAAUGUCGUGCUCUCAAGACUCACUACCAUCCAGACGUUGCGCGACUAGAGCUCCCCACUGAGGGGUCGUGCGCCGAGGCGAUUGACGUCAGUGCGCAGCGCCGCGAUGAACGCAGGGCCAAAGGCGUCUCGUACAAUUCAAUCCAUUUUACACAUCACAUCCCUCCAAUAACCGUAAUCAUGUCGCAAAAACCAAUAUUCGUAGCCACACACCCGCGAGCAUGCUCGACGGCUUUCGAGCGGGUCUUCAUGACCAGACACGAGACGCUCCAAUGUGUGCACGAGCCUUUCGGAGAUGCAUACUACUUCGGACCGGAGAGGCUGGCGGAACGGUAUGAGGAUGAUGCGAAGGCGAGGGAGGAGAGCGGGUAUAAGGACAGCACGUACAGGACAAUUUUUGAUCGGAUUGCGAAGGAGAAUUCUGAGGGCAAGCGCGCCUUCAUCAAAGAUAUGGCACAAUACUGGAUACCACCCAACGGCAAGCCGGCAACCGUUGCGCCAUCGCUUGCCAACUACCGCCGCGGCGUUGGGACAGACACAACCAAACUUUCGCCAGUCCAGUCUCGCGCCCAUACAGACGCUCCGUUGUACCCAUACAACACUCAAGGCGAGCCAGGCAACCCUACCGUCAUCCCCGCAGAUCUCCUCAAAACCUACCACUUCACAUUCCUCAUCCGCCAUCCCAAGUACAGCAUUCCCAGCUACUACCGCUGCACGAUCCCUCCGCUGGACAAAAUGACAGGCUUCUACAACUUCCGCCCCGACGAGGCUGGCUACGAAGAACUCCGCCGCCUAUUCGACUACCUCCGCAGCGAAGGCCAGAUCGGACCCAAAUUCGCCGGCCGAUCAGAAGAAGCCAACGGCACCUCAAACGGCACCAACGGUAGCAGCUCCGGCGUUGAAAUCUGCGUCAUCGAUGCCGACGAUCUCCUAGACAACCCAUCCGACAUGAUCGAGGCGUUCUGCAAAUCCACCGGCAUCGAGUGGGACCCCAAGAUGCUUAUCUGGGACACCGAGAAGGACCAAGAGAUUGCGAAGGAGGCGUUUGAGAAGUGGAAGGGGUUCCAUGAGGAUGCGCUGGAUAGCACUGAGUUGAGGCAGAGGACGCACAAGAAAGCGCCCAAGAGCGACGACGAAUUGUUUGCGGAGUGGAAGGAGAAGUAUGGCGAGGAGGGGGCCAAGGUCAUUCGUGAUACUGUGGCGGCGAAUGUGGAGCAUUAUGAGUAUCUGAAGCAGUUUGCUAUUAAGCUGUAG